AUGGCCUCCCGGCCUGACGGCACAUCGAUGCCUCCCCGUCUUCCUGGCGGACAGCCGUCGUCUCGCCGCAAUCCUUUGUCGUCUCCCGCGGAAUCAAAUUUCUCCGCCGUUGAUUUUGCCUCUCCCUCGUCUGACAGCUCGUUUCCUUCCUCUGUUCCCUCACUCGAGAACUCCACACCUCCGCGGCUUUCCCUGUCGGCUCCGCGUCCCGCACAUCCGUCCGCGCACGCGUCCUCCGGUCUUGGUGUGUCGACGCGGGCCACGUUCCGGCAGCUUCUCGCGCAAGUGGAGCAGCAGCUGGCCUCGCUGACAGAGUUGAGUUGCAGCGUACGCGCACGCGGGUUCGGGUCCUCUGCCCUGUCGCUGGACGAGGCGAGGGAAACCUUCGAGACGCUUCGCAGCGACGCGUCUUCUGCCCUAGCGCGUGCCAACCGUCUCCUUCACGAGCUCCGAGUCGCUUCUUCUGCGUCUUCCUCUUCGGCCUCCUCUGUCUGUUCUGCCGCCCAACUCCGGCACUUCUCCGACCUUCUCCUCUCUCUCAAAACCGAGUGUGUCUCGACGUGCGAGGCGAUUUCGCUCGCACUCGACCGCGCCGCGCUUCUGCAGGCAGCCCCAGAGAGGAGCGAAGCGCCAGAGGAGCGAACCGAGAAGGACGAAGAAGCGUCUGCGGCUGUGUUCUACGCGAGAGAGGCAGGGAGUUUGAGAGAGAGCAACCGCAUGCUGUCGUCGAUCCUGCACGCGGGCUCGAAUGCCCUCUAUGCGCUGAGGAAGCAAAAAGCGGUCGUGGGAAAAAUGAAGGAUAAAGUGAGUGAAAUGAGCACGGGAGAUGUGGGUGCGAUCUCCGGCAUCCUCGGAAAGAUCGAAUGGCAGGGGAAAAAGCAAAAAAUCAUCCUCGCACUCGUUAUUGCCGUCUGCGUGUGUCUCUCUCUCGUCUGGGUCAUGAGGGGACACGCCUCGGCUGUGGAACCAGGUCCAGGGUGA